AUGUUGAAAGUUCAAGUUGCUUACUUCUGUAUAUUUUGUUUUAAUAACUUUGGUGUCACACCUGUACAUGGGUCGUACAAGUUCAAUUCCCUCAAUUGUGAAGUUUUUGCUAAGGAACUGGGAAAACUGAAGCUGUGCCAAAUUAAGGCGAUUGAUCGGAGCCACAACAUGAUCAACAUUGAAGCCAUUUUAUAUAAAACCAUAACUGAGGUUGAGAUCCAUUUCAAAAUAGUUAAACGAGAGAGUGGCGGUUGGCAUCCCUUUUUGUACGAUAUACGAAUGGACGUUUGCCAAUUCUUUAAGAAUCGCAGGAGGUUCUUCAUUUCCAAUUUGAUAUAUUCGUUUAUAAAGCCAUAUACAAAUGUUAAUCACACCUGUCCGUAUAUGGAGGGCACACAGCUGCGACUGUGGAAUUGGUCUCCUGAUGAAGAUGCGGUCUUAGCCAAAUUCCCAGUUGACCACGGCACAUAUGGCCUACACACAACUUGGUAUGUCAACAAAGCGAUGGCAUUAAAAAUGAAUGGAUCUGUAAUGUUUUUUAAGUAA